AUGGUUAAAAUAUUAUUUCUUCACCCGGAUUUGGGUAUCGGAGGUGCUGAACGUCUUGUUUUGGAUGCCGCAUUAGCCUUCAAACGUAAAGGACAUGAAGUAGCUUUCUAUACCAAUCAUCACGAUCCUACACACUGUUUUGCAGAGACUAGGAAUGGUACAUUUCCUGUAACAGUUGUAGGCGAUUGGAUUCCGCGUUCAAUUUUUGGUAGGUUUAAAGCGGCGUGUGCUUACGUCCGUAUGGUAUAUGCUGCAGUUUAUUUGGCUUGGUAUGUUAUUCCUGUUGAAGAACCUACUAUUAUAUUUUGUGAUCUCAUAUCGUUAUGUAUACCUUUUUUGAAAAUGGCGAGAGGACCUUUUAGAGUAGUUUUUUAUUGUCAUCACCCAGAUAAGUUGUUAACUUCAGAAGGUGGAUUUUUAAAAAAAAUAUAUAGAGCUCCGCUUAAUUGGCUAGAGGAACUUACAACUGCUUGUGCUGAUAAAGUUUUAGUGAACAGCAAGUACACAGCUAGAGUUUAUCAGGAUGCAUUUCAAAAAAUAAAAGAUAUCCCUGAUAUUUGUUAUCCUUCAAUCAAUACUGAAUUUUUCAAUACUACAGUACCUAAGCCUUUGAAAGAAGUUGUUCCAGUGGGAUUAGAUAAGUUUAUAUUUCUAUCAAUAAAUAGAUAUGAAAGAAAGAAGAAUCUACAGUUAGCAUUAAGGGCAUUGGAGCACUUAAAACAAAUUUUAAGUGAAUCUGAUUGGAAUAGAGUUCAUUUGAUAAUGGCUGGUGGAUUUGAUCCAAUUAAUUUGGAGAAUAUGGAGCACUAUAUUGAAUUAACUGACUUAGCAGCCGAAUUGGACAUAGAAGACAAAGUUACAUUUAUGAAAUCACCUAAAGAUACAGAAAAAGUCUCACUUCUUUACCAUUGCAAAGCUCUUGUUUAUACUCCUUCUAAUGAACAUUUUGGUAUAGUGCCUUUAGAAGCUAUGUAUUACAAAAAGCCAGUCAUUGCGGUUAACAGUGGUGGUCCUACAGAAACAAUAGUAAAUGAUGUUACUGGAUUUUUGUGUGAACCGAAUAGUGAAUCGUUUGCCAGAGCUAUGAGUAAGCUCAUAUGGGCCCCAGAGUUAGUAGACAAACUUGGUGAGGCAGGCAGAAAGAGAUUUGAGACCAAAUUCUCAUUUGAUGCAUUCACAGAGCAAUUAGAUGGAAUUCUGAAUAGAGAGAGGCAGAUCAUAUCUGAAGCACGAGCCAUUGAGUAUGAGCAGCGUAAAAAAAAAUAA